AAAAGAAGAAGGAGAAGAAGAAGCGCCAGCAGCAGCAGAAGAAGAAGGAGAAGAAGAAGCGUCAGCAGCAACAGCAACAGCAGAAGAAGAAGAAGAAGAAGAAGAAGAAGAAGAAGCGUCAGCAGCAGCAGCAGCAGCAGGCGACUGUCACCGCUGGGACAAAAUCAGUUCACCUCCAGCCUCCCGGACAGCAUGAAACACACUCUUCUGACUGAAAGCAAGCUUUCAAUGUAAUAUAAUUAAAUAAUUAAAACACAUUACGUAUUUACAGCUGAAACAGAUGAUCCUCGUCUUCCUCUUCUGUUGACGUGAGCUAGCUUAGCCUUUUAGCUUAGCAGUUAGCAGGACACCCACACACCGGCGCGUGCAGGAUUUAACUAUCAGGAGCGGACAUAUCCACCCUAAGCUGCACUGAAACUGACCCGGACUUAACUUUACAACUGUCGCUGCUCGGGUUUGGUUAAAACGCUGCGUUUGAACUGACACGUGUCACAAAACAGCAACAGAAAGAAUCCUGCAAAACAAGGGAGUGAAUUAACUUUGCAGCUAGCUAGCACAAAGCGAGCCGUGCAGCUGCAUCGCUUCGUUGUGCUGCUUGCUUCUGCAGCGGAAAGAGGGUCCUUGCAGCCUCUUCUCCCGUCCCGCAGUGCUGGUAUUGAUUGUUUGUGAAAGCAAGUCGAGAUAUCCAUCGCUAUCUCACGAACCACGUCGUUGCGUGCUCUGCUACAACGUCUCGGUUAACGAUAACAACUUCGCUGAGAGUCAAACACACGUUGCAGACAUGAUUCCCGAUAAAGUGCCGAAGGAAGACGUCUUUCACGGGUCUGAGGAGCUGAAGAAGAAGGCUCACAUCCCCAGCUUUGACAAAUACAAAGAGCUCUACUUGAAAUCCAUAGAGAGUCCUGAUGAGUUCUGGGGCGACAUUGCCAAAGAUUUUUUUUGGAAGACCAAACACACGGGUCAGUUCCUCGACUACAACUUUGAUGUGACUAAAGGAGAAAUAUUCAUCAAGUUCAUGGAAGGAGCUUCCACCAACAUCUGCUACAACGUCCUCGACCGCAACGUCCACGAGAGGAAGCUCGGCGAAAACGUGGCCUUCUACUGGGAAGGCAAUGAACCUGGUGAUGAGCUGACAGUGACCUACAGAGAGCUGCUGCAGAGGGUCUGUCAGUUUGCCAAUGUCUUGAAGUCUCAGGGAGUGAAGAAGGGCGACAGAGUGUCCAUCUACAUGCCGAUGGUGGUGGAGCUGGUGGUGGCGAUGUUGGCCUGUGUCCGCAUUGGUGCUGUUCACUCCAUCGUGUUUGCAGGUUUUUCUGCGGAGUCUCUGUGUGAGCGGAUCAUGGACUCUCAGUGUUCGUUGCUCAUCACAGCAGAUGGUUUCUAUCGAGGAGAUAAGCUGAUCAACCUGAAGCUUUUAGCUGACGAAGCACUGCAGAAAUGCAGAGACAAAGGUUUCUCUAUACAGAGGUGUAUAAUGCUGAAACACCUGUCCAAAGAAGCAGACGAGACUCCUCUGGGCUCUCGGUCUCCUCCCGCCAAACGGUCCUGCCCUGAUCUGCAGCAGGAGAAACAAACAGGGAGAAUAAAGAAAACACAUCCUGUACCGCAGGUCCCGUGGAACCCCGAGGUGGACUUGUGUUGGCACACUCUGGUCCGGGGGGCUUCAGACGAGUGUGAACCAGAGUGGUGCGAUUCUGAAGAUCCUCUUUUCAUCCUCUACACUAGCGGCUCAACUGGUAAACCAAAGGGAGUUCUCCACACAGUCAGCGGCUACAUGCUCUACACUGCCACCACCUUCAAACUGGUGUUUGACCACCAGCCCGAUGACGUCUACUGGUGCACGGCAGACAUCGGUUGGAUCACCGGACAUUCCUACAUCACCUAUGGCCCGCUGGCUAACGGGGCCACUAGCGUCCUGUUUGAGGGCCUGCCUACUUACCCAGAUGUAAGCCGUAUGUGGGAGAUUGUGGACAAAUAUCAUGUGACCUCGUUCUACACAGCUCCGACAGCCAUCAGACUGCUGAUGAAGUACGGCAGAGAGCCGGUGCAGAAGUAUAAGCGAGAGUCUCUGAAGAUUUUAGGGACGGUGGGAGAGCCCAUCAACCCUGAGGCCUGGCAUUGGUACUACACUGUUGUGGGAGAGAAGAGAUGUCCUAUUGUUGACACCUUCUGGCAGACAGAAACUGGUGGACAUGUGUUGACUCCUCUACCUGCAGCAACACCCAUGAAACCUGGAUCUGCUACGCUCCCGUUCUUCGGAGUGGUGCCGGCCAUCUUGAAUGAGUCAGGAGAGGAGCUGGAGGGACCGAGUGAAGGAUACCUGGUUUUCAAACAGCCGUGGCCCGGAGUGAUGAGGACGGUGUACGGAAACCAGCAGAGGUUUGAAACCACAUACUUCAAGAAGUUCCCUGGAUACUAUGUCACCGGAGACGGUUGCCGUAGAGACGAGGAUGGCUACUACUGGAUAACGGGCAGGAUAGACGACAUGCUGAAUGUCUCUGGUCACUUACUGAGUACAGCGGAGGUGGAGUCGGCUCUGAUGGAGCACAAGUCCGUUUCAGAGGCUGCUGUUGUGGGCAGACCUCAUCCUGUCAAAGGAGAGAGCCUCUACUGCUUUGUAACUCUCACUGAUGGAGUGACGUACAACCGAACGCUGGAGGCAGAGCUCAAAAAACAAGUGCGGGAGAAGAUCGGUGCCAUCGCAACACCAGACUACAUCCAGAAUGCUCCAGGACUCCCCAAGACCAGAUCUGGUAAGAUCAUGCGACGGGUGCUCCGCAAAAUCGCCUGUGACGAACGAGACCUGGGCGACAUCUCCACGCUGGCCGACUCCUCCGUGGUGGAGCAGCUUUUCCAGAAUAGGUGCCGCAUGGGCGUGUGACGGCCUCCAGGAUCCUGGCAGGGAGGCUUCAACUGCAGCCGCACAACCGGCGGCCACAAACAAAACCAUGGGAGGAAGAAGAGGAGGAGGAGGAGGAAGAAGAGGAGGAGAAGAAAUCAUCACAUGAACUUGGUCCUGUUCAACAAACAACCUUUAGCUCCUGAUGAGUUUGUCCGAGGUGCAGCCGGUAUUUACAAUGACCCCGCUGACCUUUAAUGUAAGAAAGAUCCGCAGCAGGGAGAGACACAACAUCUGUCUGGUUGCUGGUAGGUGUUUCACAUUUCCGGAGAAGCAGUAAUAAUUUCAGCUGCAGCAAACUAAUUGUAUUAAUAAUUACAUCAGUGUGUUGACUUAAUUGUGUUUCCAACAGAGUUAGGCAUUGGUGUGUAUGACAGUGAGAAGCCAGAGGAUGUUUUCUGUGAAAGACCGUCCUGCAGUCCAACUCUGUUGAAGAGAAAGAACAGGGUAACACUUCCUUUGGUUUUAUCCUAUUGUUCCAGCUAAUCAUACACAGCAAUACCUGCUACUUAACAGCUCAGCAAAAGUGUAAAUUCAGUAUUUGCACUGAUGCACUCCAGUGAGAUGUGUCAUUACGUUAGUGUAUACGUUAUAGUGUCUACACUGGAAUGAGGCUAAUGUGAAGUGCUACCCGUAACUUCCUUGUAUAAUUCGACAAGCUGUCUUCUUCCCUUACUCGCUGCCAUAGUACUGCCAUAUACACUCAACAUUUGUACUACUUUUAAUUUCUAAUAUAAUUUUCUAAAAUCUUUUAAUCCAUCAGAUUUUUGUCUGCUGUACUGUUCUUUCUCUUUGUGUUUAAGUUGCAAGUUGCUCUUUAAGUCUGGUUGAAACUGGUAAAGUGUGCUCAGCGUCACGUAGCUCAGGUCAGACCAUCGAUUCCUCUCUCAAAAGCCCCGGACCAGCUGCAGCUCUCAUGUUUAAAAUAGGCAAAAGGGUUUCCCAAUAACUCCAAAACAAAACGUUUUUUAAUUAAAUGUUCUCAUAUUUAAAUUGACUGUAUACCAAACAUCAAAAUAUGUAUCUGUCCUCUUACAGAUCUAGAUUGAAUGAGUGGAUGCACGCUUCCCCAUGUUUCAUUGUUAAAUCAGACGUUCCUUUGAUUAUAAUAAGGUACCAAAGGCAAUCACAAACUUCUGUCAUUAUGCAAUUAUGAUUUCAAUUUUGAAAAAUGAUCGCCAAGAGUCUGGAUCAUGAUACGGUACUAUUAUUAAAAACAUAACACACACUGAAGUUUGUUAAAUCAGAGCUGCGGUGUAGUUGAGAUUAAGACAUCAUUGGUGUCUUUAUUCACUGCUUUGUUUUAUACAUUUACCUGUUUUGAAAGAACAUUAGAGUGUUUAAGCUAAGAAGUACAGAAAAGUUCAUCCUGAAGGAUAAGGCUGGUGGUAUUCUUUGUUUUUGUUAUUGUCUGUCAACAUAUUCCAUGAAAAGACCAACACUAACAAUGUGUUCGCCCGUGUAUCAAUAUUUUCUCACUUCCUGUCUGUGACUCAGCUUCAAGCCCUCAUUGUUGGUUUGGAUCUUUUUUUAAGAUUCAUUAACAAAAAGAAAAAUAUAUAUAAUACCACAGGGAGAAAAAGUCAGAUUUUCCAAGCAAAAGUCUACAUCUUUAACUUAAUUGUUCCUGUGCUAAGUCAAGGUUAAAGAAAGCUUUGGGGCUUCAAAGGUUUCUCCUCAUAGUUUACGCUGUAGAAGACAGCUGGGAUUUAUGAGAAUAAUAUGAGCGCAAUGAACCAGAAGCUUCUCUCAAUUUGAAUAUGUUGCCAUUUGUGUUUCAAUGUGCCAACAUAAGUAACGGUGUGGCUGGGUGUAUAAAGCUAAUAAUUGUAUCUAAUGUUCAGGAAAAAAAGUGCAGCUGCUUAUUUGAUUAGAAUUUUUUUUAUUUUUGCUUAUACAUUAACUGGUGAAGGGAAGAUCAUUUUGGCUUAUUUUUUAUUUUUCUCUGUUCAUCCUCAGUUGUAUGUUAUCAUUUUGCUGUAUCAAAGUGUAUGCAAUGACAGUAAAUGGACAUGACUACUGCCUCUCAUGCUCUGGCUGGUCCUUUAAGAAAACUGAUUUUGAUUAGUCUUUAAUGUGUUCUUGCAGAAAUGUUUAUCCCUGAAGGUUAAUCAUCUCCAAACGUCAUGUAAUUUAACAGAUGUCUCAUUGUAAAUGUGUUUGUUGUGUUAUGGGAUCAUUUAAAGAAUUGUGUGUGUGUGUCUUUAGUUGACUGGGUUUUAAAGGAAACAAAAUAACCUUUAUUUAUCCAGUUUUUUUUAUUUAGCAUUGUAUAAUGUUGUGAAAAGAGAUGGUACAUCUCAAGAAGUUUAUCCUGAUAUAAAAUACUUUUCAAUAUCA